CAUCUGACAGCACUGAGUCUAGUUAGUUACGAACCGUUCAAGAAGGCGGUAGUGAAUUAAGAAUAUCAUAAUAAUAACAUCUAAUUGCGUAGUUAAAAAGUGUGUGGUUAUUAUCUGUCAAAUUUAAUUAUAUAUUGAAAAGAUGCAUUGCAUUUUUUUGUGUCUUUCUAUUUUCUUAGUGCUUGCCAAUGCAGACUUAGUAAGGAUCCCUUUGUAUAAGACUCAAACCGUAAGAUCUAAACUGAAAGAAUACGAUACGGAAUUGCAUAAAGCACAUCUUAAAUACGGUGAUCUCACACCAGAACCAUUAUCUAAUUAUCUUGAUGCCCAAUAUUACGGUGUCAUUAGCAUUGGUUCGCCACCGCAAGAUUUUAGUGUGGUUUUCGAUACGGGUUCCUCAAAUUUAUGGGUUCCAUCCAAAAAAUGCCAUCUAACGAAUAUUGCUUGCCUUUUACAUCACAAAUACGAUAGCAGCAAAUCAUCCACUUAUAAACAAAAUGGUACUGAGUUUUCAAUUCGAUAUGGCUCGGGUAGUCUUUCUGGAUACCUAUCUGUUGAUAAAGUAUCAAUCGCAGGAUCAGAAAUCAAAGAUCAAAUGUUUGCUGAAGCUAUGAGCGAACCUGGACUUGCCUUUGUCGCUGCUAAAUUUGAUGGAAUAUUAGGAAUGGCAUAUUCUAAAAUAGCUGUAGAUGGUGUAACGCCUCCUUUUUAUAAUUUGGUUAAACAAGGCAUCAUACCACAGGCCAUUUUUAGUUUCUAUUUAAACAGAGAUCCUUCGGCACCAGUAGGUGGAGAAAUGAUAUUGGGAGGUUCCGAUCCUGAUCAUUAUGAGGGUACUUUUACAUAUGUUCCUGUUGAUCGCAAAGCUUAUUGGCAAUUUAGAAUGGAUAGAGUCGAAGUUGGCAGCAGUGUAUUUUGUAAAGAUGGCUGUGAAGCUAUUGCCGACACUGGUACUUCAUUAAUAGCAGGACCAUUAGACGAAGUUAAAGCAAUAAAUAAAGAAAUUGGAGCAACACCAAUCAUAUCAGGAGAAGCAAUGGUUGACUGUAACUCUAUUGAGCGUUUACCUGUAAUCAAUUUUGUGCUUGGUGGACGUUCCUUCUCUUUGUUUGGUAAAGACUAUGUUUUAAAGGUGACGCAAUUCGGAAAAACUAUUUGUUUGAGUGGAUUUAUGGGUAUUGAUAUUCCUCCACCAAAUGGGCCCUUAUGGAUUCUUGGUGAUGUAUUCAUUGGACGUUAUUAUACUGAAUUCGAUAUGGAAAAUGAUCGUGUAGGGUUCGCAGUUGCUAAGUAAA